GGCAAAGUCAAGACUCGCGACAGCAGAGCUCUUGGCAGCCAAAAGAGUAUUUAUCGUCUGCUGUCGGUACACAUAUUCCUAUCUGCUCCAUAUAUAUAGGCACUAUAGCCUAUAUACGAUUCAACAUUCUAACUCUGCACAAACAAAAGAAAAGAUUGUUUAUUCACACGUCUUUCAGGUAGUGACCGACUGUUCAAGAAAAUGUUGUUUUACACGUUGUUUGGAAGCUAUGUUCUCACAUCAAUACUGCUAUUUAAAUAUCCAACAUUAAUACACAAAAAGAAAAAAAUUAAAUUCAUGUGUCGUCAUAUUAGUCAUAGAGGAGGUGCUGGGGAAAACUAUGAAAACACAAUGUGUGCCUUUAAACGUGCUGCAGCAAUAGGAACGGAAAUGCUGGAACUAGACUGUCAUCUAACUAAAGACGGACAAGUAGUGGUUUCUCAUGACCAAAAUCUUUUGAGAUGUACUGGUUACGACAUAAAUAUUUCUGACUUGAAUUUUAAGGAUUUACCAUUAUUGAAACAAAGAAUCCCUAUAGACUUUGUUCCAGGAGUUGAAUAUGUGGGCUCGGAUAAGGAAGAGGAAAGAAAAUUUGUAUUAUUGAAAGAAGUUUUUGAAGAAUUUCCUCGUAUGCCCAUUAAUAUUGAUAUUAAAAUCAAUAAUGAUGAACUGAUAUUCAAAGUAUCAGAAUUAAUAAAACAGUAUCAACGAGAAGAGUACACUGUAUGGGGUAACUACAGCGAUGAAAUAACUAGAAAAUGUUAUAAAAUGAAUCCAAAUGUAAAUCUUUUGUUUUCAAUGAAAAGAGUUGUCUUACUGAUAAUUCUUAUGUACACUGGUCUAUUACCAUUUGUGCCUCUGAGAGAAACACAUCUUGAAAUAUUUUUACCAUCAAUUUAUAGUUUUAGGAGAAAAGAUCGCCAAAUACCAUCAUUUUUACCUAUAGACAAAGUUUUCUUAGGAGCCAUGAAUGUAUUAUUAAUGAGACCUUGUUUGUUCAACCAUUUGCAAGCUCGAGGAAUUCAUGUUUAUUUUUGGGUGCUAAAUAAAGAAGAAGAAUUUCAAAAAGCAUUGGAUCUCAAAGCAACAGGUAUAAUGACUGAUUACCCAACAAAAUUGAAAUUAUUUCUUAAAAACAAAAUGAUUGAGUGACUCAUUGAAACAAACUGUUUAUUAAAUACUAUGAAGUGGCAAAGCGUAACAAUACUGCCGCACAAGCUACGUUCAACUAGUCAUUGACUGAAGCUAAAAAGGAAUAACACAAUAACCAUAAGUUAUAUUUACAGUUUGUAAAAUAACAAAUUUUUUCAAUGCUGAUUGUAAAGUAUAAAUUUUAUGUUAAACUUUACAUUUGCUACAGUCAGUUAAAAGCCAAACUUUUAUAAUAAGUUAAUAAACAUCACACACAAAAAACAAAUGAUAAAAAUGAUAACAUUUUUCACUGAAAAAAUGGUUAAUGUGAUAAGAUCUGCAAGAUUAAUAUUUAUUAUAGCAUAUACAUAUAAUAUAUAAGAUACUUUCAACAUUUCAUUAUUCAAGUAUCUUAUAGAAUUAAUAACAAAAAUGUGAAACAAUAUUAACAAUUAGCUUUACAUCACACGAUUAAUUGUUCUGUAGAUUAAUUUUCUUUUUAAAUGUGAUAGUGUACGUUCAUUAAUAUAAAUGCCAUUUGAUAGAAUGUGGUUUACUUUUAACAGCAAUAGCAAAGACUGUAUGUAUAAAAUUAUAGGAAUGUUAAGUAUAAAAAAGUUAUGAGUUUUUAGAGAAAAAAAAACAGAUAUUUACCAAAAAUAAAGUAUUCUAAUGUUUGUAUUAGAAAUUGUAAAAGUUUUUCACCAAAAAACGAAUGUCACAUAAUGUGAUACAUCUACAUAAAACCAAUUAACUUUUUUAUACAAGGAAAAGUUGUUCAAGCUGAAAAAAGCAAAUUUGUUUGUAAAAAAUACAAAACUAUUUUAUUAAGAGUAUAUCUUUUUAGUGUACAUUAUAUAUUGUAUCAUUUACAAUCUUAGUUUUUUGUCAUGUUACAAUUUUAUAUAAAUUAAAUAUAAAAAUUCCUAAAAAGGGUAUUUUGAAUGAGAUUCUGAUUGCAUUUUAAAACAUCACUGUUUAAUAUUUACACAAAUUGUUGACAUAUUUAUAAAUGCUUUUGCGUAAAAAAAAAUUUAGUAUCACACAUAUUUUUGUGCAUAUAUUGCUUUAGUUAUAUACUACGAGAAUAAUUAUUAUACUAGAAUUAGUACUUCCAAUUUUCCAUAAUAAUUCGUGUACAUGUUUUGCAUAACUUAACAUGAAUUGUACUAAGAUACCGUGAAUUAAACAAACUCUGUAUACUCUACAAUAGUUUUAGGCUUACAAAUAAUCUCAUUUUAUAAGCUCAUCAUUUUAACUAAUGUCCAAUGUAAUUUUAAUACUUAAAUUUGUCGCUCUAGUAAAUAAGUUAAGUGGCACAAAAACAUAAGAUCUCUGCCUUUUCUAAAACUGUACUUACAUUAUUGUACAUUGUACAUUUUUCAGUAUUUAUAAUAAUUAUAAAUAAAUGCACAAAGGAAUUUAAGAUCCAUAAUAUUGGUUGCUUAUAUUUAAUCUUGAGAGCUAAGGCUCAUUUGGUAAUCCAGUCUCGACACCAAUGAUAAUAAACUUGUUCUGCUUUGUUGUUACCAUUUUUUA